AAAGAGACCCUCUGGAAUUGGACAGCCUGUGGAGGAAAACAGUGAGGUGGGCUAAGUCCUUGUGGGACCAGUUCCUCCGCCUGUCCCUUUUAUGGGUGUGAUUCACUUCCUGCUGCUCUUUGUACUUCUUUACUGCCCUCAGGAGAGAUGAAAGUCUCCUGAUUCCUCAAGUAAGGAGAAAAGGAACGGCCAGGUCAGGUGUCAGGACUGUGGGUGCUCUAUGACUCACCCAGCGAACCAGUAGAACUUCAAAACUCUGGUUGUUAUCACAGCACCAGUCUGGGCUGACCCCACCUCCUGCAGCCGGGCUGCUCUCCGGGAACCCGCCGACCUGCUCCCGAAGGAAGGGAGCUCCUCUGACUCCCCGCUACGCGGAGCGAGGUGGCUGGUUGAGCCCUCCUCUCUGCCAGAGGCCAGUGUGCCAGAACAGGUUGGAAGAUUGGUCAGAAAACAGAACAGAUCUCCUCACUUAUGGGGAAAACCGCCAGGAGAACUUUAAAGAACCGGAAGUGCCCCUGAGAAGGAAAAGCCUAGGAUGAAUCCCAGGGAGGGAGACCAGUCCUUGGAAAUCCUUGGAAAUUCGAUGUGGCUGACAGCGGUGGGAACAAGGUGCAUGAGAGAGGGCCGAGGCAGGUCUCGGCUGAUGUGUUGAUCAGACAAGAAAAGAAGACCGAAGGAUGAGAAGCAGUGCUCAGUGAUCGGGAAUCCCUCACAGCCGUGCUCAUGGUCUGCGCUGAUUCUGUGAGCCCAGCAGAGACUCGAGAAGCUGUGUGGCAAUGGGAGAGAAGAGGGGCACGGCGCGGGUGCUCCUGGAGUGUAAUCUCAGCGACAAGACGUGUCUUGUACAGGGGGAGGAGUACGCAGUGAUCAUUGUCCCAGCUCUGCUGGUUGGUGCCUUCCUCGUCCUUCUUGCUGUCAUCUUGUGGCUAUUUAUAAGAGGACAAAGAUCCCAACGGCAGCGCCCUGGACUCCGAGGCAUUGCCUCCAUGCCUGCAUCUAGGAGCCUAACCGGGGCAGCAGAAGGAUGUGGAGAAAAAGUGGUCAUGACACUUACGGAGACAUCAGUGGAAAGUUUUCUACGGGCUGUCACGCCUUCCCUAGCUAAGCUACAGGUUCCCCGGGAUCAGCUCUCUGAAGAUCUGGAGCAGAUCCAUAAGGGCAUUUGUGGAACCACCUAUAGAGCCACAGUGAUCUCUGGGGACCCUGCUAAGCCCAAGAGUGUUGUCCUCAAGGCUUUAAAAGAACCAGCUGGGCUCCAGGAGGUGAAGGAUUUCGUGGGGCGAAUCCAGUUCUAUCAGUACCUAGGGAAACACCAGAACCUGGUCCACCUGGAAGGCUGCUGCACGGAAAGGCUGCCAGUCUAUAUGCUGUUGGAAGAUGUGGCCCAGGGGGACCUGCUCAGCUUUCUCUGGACCUGUCGCCGGGAUGUGAUGACCAUGGAUGGUCUUCUCUAUGAUCUCACAGAAAAACAAGUCUAUCACAUUGGAAAGCAGGUCCUUUUGGCUCUGGAAUUCCUGCAGGAUAAGCAUUUGUUCCACGGGGAUGUGGCAGCCAGAAAUAUCUUGAUCCAAAGUGAUCUGACUGCUAAGCUCUGUGGACUGGGCUUGGCUUAUGAAGUCCAUGCUCAAGGGGCCAUCUCCACUGCUCGAACCAUUCCUCUCAAGUGGCUCGCUCCAGAGCGGCUUCUUCUAAGACCGGCUGGCAUCAGAGGAGACAUCUGGUCAUUUGGGAUCCUGCUCUAUGAGAUGGUGACUCUAGGGGCACCGCCAUAUCCUGAAGUCCCUCCUCCCAGCAUUCUACAGUAUCUUCAGAGAGGGAAAAUCAUGAAGAGACCCAGUAGCUGCACACACACCAUGUAUAACAUUAUGAAAUCCUGUUGGCACUGGAGCGAGGACUCCCGGCCCUUACCUGGAGAGUUGCGCUCGCGCCUGGAAGCUGCCACUAGAACCGCGGAUGAUAAGGCUGUGUUUCAAGUGCCAGAGCUGGUGGUGCCAGAGCUGUAUGCGGCUGUGGCUGGCAUCAGCACAGAGAGCCUCUCCUACUGCUACAGCAUCCUUUGAAGACUGUCAGCUGGGACACAUUUAUGGAUGGUCAAUUAUGGGAUCAAUUUCUCCAAGAAUAGAAAAUGGACCUUCUGGUGGGACACAGAGGGGGAAAAAAAGGAUCUUCCCCUACACAUUUCCCUAGAAAUCUGAAAUGAUGCUGGACUUUUCUCACAAGCUGAGAAAUACUGUCAGUCUCAGAGCACUGUCUAUUCUGAAGAACUUGGACAGAGGUGAUGUGGAUGUCAUUAUAAAGGUGGUCUAAAAAAUCUGCAGUUGUGGGGGUAGGCUCUUCCCUCCCACCCCAGGCUAGUUUACUGCUGAAGAAAUGUCUUUAACUAGACCUAUUACAAGGUUCAAAUGCACUAGAAUGAAAUGAAGGAAUACAAACUCAAAGGGAUUGAUGAGGAAGAAAUUCAAGGUCCUAUUUGCUCAGGAGUAUAGGUAUAGAACAAGAUCUCCUUUAAGGGGAAAUCUGGUCCCCUUUAUGUUGAGGGGACAUAAAGUUCUUUAGUCCUGAUCCCUUUGUGUAGAACUGGAGAACUAUAAAACUUGAGUUUCCUCUUGGGCAUAGAUAAGAUAGUCCCUUUUUAUCUAAUUCUGAGACAGGUGAACCUUGUUUGGUACUACUUUUAUUUGUGGAACUUGGAAUUGAACUCAGGGCUUUUGCAUUGGGCUAUAUCCUCAGCUCUUUUUAUUUUGAGACAUGGUCUCAUAAGUUGCCUAGAAUGGGCUCAAACUUGUGAUUCUCCUGCCUCAACACACCAGUACUGUGGAACAGGCAUGUUCCCUUGCCUGGGUAAUACUACGUUUAAUUAGAAGCUGGAGGAAUCAUUUCAUGAUUAGUAACAUUCGAUAUGUACUGCUCAUCAACUUUGCUUCCUGGUCCUUGUUAAGACUAAGGAGAUUAAUUCUUGAGAAUAAACAUUCAAUCAGUGAUGAAAUGCUUCGUGUGUAUCCCAAAUAGGAAUUGUGGAAACCAAGAGAGAAGUCUUAGCUAAGAUGGCCAUUAACAAGAGUGAGAUAAGAAUGUACUCUGAUAUAGGAUGGUAGCUUCUAAUUUCCAAUCAUCCAUUGAUGUACUAUGAGACACUAUAUCAAAUUAAUAUUUAUUGAGUGUAAGUCAGCUUUUCUGAUAUACAACUGCCAAAGUCUCUACAAUAGGAAAGUUGAAAGUAAAUAAAUAGAAAUUCAUGCUAAUAGAAAAAUUCAGGCACACUAUGAGAUGCAAGCUAUAUUAUCAGAAAAUGGGGAGAUUACUUACCUCACAGGGUUUUGUGAGGAUUUGUGACAAUAUGUAUUUGUACAGUAUCUGGUACAUAAUAUACUUGCUCAAUAAAUGUUAGUUUUCAUUUUU